UGAAGGAAGCUGCAGCCCAUGGGGGACCCACACUGGAGCAGUGUGUUCCUGAAGGACUGCACGCUGUGGAGAAAACCCAUGCUGGAGCAGUUCUUGAAGAACUGCAGCCUGUGGGAAGCCCACGUUGGAACAGCUUGUGAAGGACUGCAUCCCAUAGGUGGGACCCCACACUGGAGCAGGGGAAGAGAGUGACCGUGAAGGAGUGGCGGAGAUGAAGCAUUAUAAGCUGAACACAGUCCUCAUUCCCUGCUCCCCUGCUCCGCUCAGGGGGAGAAUGUAGAAGAGGAUGGAUGGGGGGAAGGUGGUUUUUAGUUUGCUUUUAGUUCUCGCUGCUCUACACUGUUAUUAAUUGGCAAUAAAUUAAAUUAAUCUUCCCCAAGCUGAGUCUGUUUUGAUCGUGAUUGUAAUUGGUGAGUGAUCUUCCUGUCCUAAUAUCAACCCAUGAGUUUUGUUGUUCUUUCUUUUUUUUUUUUUUUAAUCAUAAUUUCUGCCCUUUUACUGCCAAGGAGGGGGAGUGAGAGAACAUCUUGGUGGGCACCUGGCAGCAUUUUAUACCAACAUAAAUGCUUCUAAUGAUCAUUUUUUUUUUUUUCUGUAAGCUUUGAAGUUCAUAAUUUCAAGACUUUCCCAAAACUACUAGAUUGUGCAGUGACAGCUUGUGAUUUCAAGGUGUUUUAUAUUAUAAAGUGUUUCUCAAAGGUAAAGGGUAUUUAAUUUACAACGUGGCACACUCUAACUACCUAAAUUAUAAUUAAACUCUUUAGAACUGUUCAGCCAUUAUUUGUAAUAAUUGCAUAUUUUUAAUAAUGAUUUUCUUGGCUCAUCUGAAUAAGCUUUGCUAACUCUUACUAUGAAUGAUGCAUCCUUCUCAUUUCAGGCAAAAGGAAUAAAAGCACCUAAAUCCAAUUUUUUUAUUCUACAUAAUUCUAUCCUGAGCCUCUUCACCUAAAGAGGCCUGAUGUUUUCAACAUUAAAUUCAAUGUGCAUCUGAAUUCCUCUUCUAGUUGUUCCCACUGGAGCUGAGAAGGUACAUGGUCUGUUCUGAAAGUAGUAGGACUGGCUUUUUCCUGGGCAAACGGGCGGACAAGAGGCGGUCUGCGCACGCAGGAUCGGUGGAGGGAGAUAUUGGGAAUGCUGGGAAAAAUCGGCAGUCGGCUAUCGGCCGUUGAAGAGAGCAGGUUGCUUGUACUGUGAACACCUGUCGAAAGGCCUCGUCACGGAAAAUCAUGGAGCGUUUACUGGAGCAGCGAUACGCGAUCAAAUUUUGUGUAAAGCUUGGUAAAACGGGCAAAGAGACUCACAACGUGAUUAAGGAGGCCUACGGUGAUGCUGCCAUGGGUAGAUCGGGUGUUUUUGAGUGGUACAAGCUUUUCCGAGAAGGUAGGGAAAGAGUGGAAGACGACGACCGCUCCGGACGCCCUUUGACCAUCAAGACCAACGAAAAUGUGUCGCGAGUGAAAAAUUUACUGAAUUGUAAAAAAAAAUUUACUGUCAGAAUGAUUGCUGAUGACUUGAGCAUUCCUCAAACCCAAGUUUUUGAGAUGGUGAAAGAAAACUUAGCCAUGAGGAAAGUGUGCGCAAAGUUUGUGCCGCGAGUGUUGUCAGAGGAGCAAAAGGCCAACCGGAAAGCGAUCUGCCAGGAUCUUUUUCAUCAUGUGAAUGAGGAGCCCGACUUUUUGGACAAUGUGGUGACUGGUGACGAGACGUGGGUGUUUGAAUAUGACCCGGAGAGUAAGCGGCAGAGCACAGAAUGGCACACCCCUGCUUCCCCAUGCCCCAAGAAAGCACGAAUGAGCAAAUCCAAGCAAAAGUCCAUGCUCAUUUGCUUUUUUGAUCGACAUGGAGUCAUCCACAAAGAGUUUGUAUCACCCGGACAAACAGUUAAUGCAGUUUUUUACGUGGAAGUCCUCACAAGACUGCGAAAACGCAUUGCUCGUGUCCGCCCAGCCAUCGUCAACAAUUGGCGGCUGCACCAUGACAACGCACCGAGCCACACAGCGUUCCGCGUAGUGGAGUAUCUUGCCCAGCACAAGGUGGCAACGCUGCCUCAGCCCCCCUACAGCCCCGACUUGGCCCCGCCAGACUUUUUUCUAUUCCCGAGAGUAAAAUCAACGCUCAAGGGGAAGCAUCAUGCAUCGGUAGAGGCGCUUCAAGAGGCCGUGACGAGGGAGCUAAACAGCAUUCCGGUCCAGGCAUUCCUGGAGGCGUACAAAAACUGGAAAACUCGUUGGCAGCAGUGUGUAGAUGCAGAAGGAAAAUUCUUUGAAAAAUUCUAAUAGUUUGUUCUAUUCUCAUGAAUAAUUUUUUUUUAAAAAAAUGAGUCCUACUACUUUCAGAACAGACCACGUAUAAUGCUAUAAGCCAUCUAAAGCCACUUGGGCUCUACAAACAAGAUUCCUCUCACUUUUAACUUGCCUGAGAAACUUGACAGAUUAGUUACUGUUUAAAAAUAAUUAGAGGGUCAAAUAGCAGUGCUUAUUUCUGUUCAAAAGAUGGAAAGCAAGGAGUAAGUAGUACUAAAUUAGUAACGUAAUCUUACUUCCUACCAAAUAAUUAUUUGGUAGGAAAACAUUGAGUCUAUAUCUCAACUGCUCUAACUUGUAGCACAGUUUAUUUGCUUACUUUUUUUAAUGAAACGUUAAGAUGAUGUUUUAUUAGCCAAAGCUGAGAAAUGCAUUUCCUUUAAAACAUGCUAGUUAGUAUUCCUGUUGCUUCCAAUUAGAGUACUCCAUGCUUUUAUAAUGAGUUUUUACGAGAUCAGGACUGACUAAGUCCUUAUUAAACUUUCAUAUUCAAUUAAUGCUGCAUACUAGUAAAUGUAUAUAGUGGUAUAGUAUGGUCAUCUGAAUGCGUUAUUUAGUUCUAGGAGACUAUUGUGUGCACAUUUUAAAACAUAUUUUUAAAGGAAUGUCAAAAUUUCUGUCAUUCUUCCCAUUCCAGUAGACAAGAAAGAAAACCUUAAACCUUAAAAAACCUUAAACCUUAAAAACCUUAAAAAAAAGUGUAACCAACUGCAGUGUAUAUUAGUGCUAAGGUGAACUAAUUUUGCAAUACACCUUUUCUUAU